AAGAAAGAAAAAACACAUCACAUUUCACAUACCCAAUUUCCAAAAACCCCAUUACCUGAGGCGGUGGACAUUAUCAAAGAGAAAAAAAAAGAACUAUAUCCACUAUUCAUUCAAUAUUGAUGACGACCCUAUAAUGGCCAAAAAAGUCAGAGGUGUGGACCUCCCCACCUCGUGAGAGAGGAGAGAAGGCUGUUUGGUGGUUGUUGUGUAUUGGCUGUGCGCAGGUUACCAUGGGCCGGGCGCAUUUUAGCACACGCACCUCAAUCGCCCACCCCCACCUAACCGGUGGCCUCAUUCAUCCCAUUCAUCAUCCAAAAGAAGAUCUCAAAAUCAGCCGCACACUCCUCCCUUGCUCCUCCACUCACUCACUUUGCCUUUUUAACUUUUUAACCCAAACACGGCCCAAACCCCCAAAAACAUGUCACCAAACGCCUCUAUCUCUCUCUCUCUCCCCUCCAUCCACCACCACUUUUUCUCUCACUCUCUUUCUCUCUCUUCUUUAUCCUACUCUCAACCUUAUCCCUCCACCACACCAACAACCACCUUCCUCCCCCUACUAUUGUGCGCCGCCUCCCUUAUCCUUCACCACCCCCCUCCUUAACCUACCAUUUACCUAAGACCAAAUCCCCACUACACCUCGCCGCCACCCACCAUUCUCUCUCUCUCUCUCUCUCGCUCUCUUUUUUUAUUUCUCUCUUUUCUUUUACAUCUUUUUCUCUUUCGAUCUAACGUGAGCCGGCUCUUCUCUUAAAAUACGCCUUUCGUUUUGAACCGAGAUCCGGUCAUGGCCUCCCCAUCGUCGCCACCGGAAUCCCCUCUUCCAUUGGGCCCUCCUCAAGCCAUUCCACUGGCGUUACCCGCUCCGCCGCCGUCUUCUUCGACGGUUCAGACCCAACCGACGCCUCUAGCUCAGGUCCAGCCAACUCCGCCGUCUUCCUCGCGGCGGCUUCCUCCGCCGUGCUGGUCUCACGACGAGACGGUGGCUCUGAUCGAUUCGUACCGUGAUAAGUGGUACUCUCUCCGCCGCGGGAACCUCAAGGCCACCCACUGGCAAGAGGUCGCCGAUGCCGUCUCGGCUAGAUGUCCCUCGGCGUCUCCGGCUAAGACCGCCGUGCAGUGCCGACAUAAGAUGGAGAAACUGCGGAAACGGUACCGUACGGAGCUUCAGCGUGCUCGAUCUAUGCCUGUUUCGAGGUUUACUUCUUCGUGGGUUCAUUUUAAGCGCAUGGAUUCGAUGGAGAAAGGUCCGACGGCGAAGCCCGAAAACUCAGAUAGCCCUGGUGAAGACGAAGAUCACGAGGAUGAAGAGGAAGAUCCAGAUCAGCAACUUUAUGAGGAAUUGAAAUAUGGGUCGAAUAUGAAGAGUAUGAGCAAGCUUUACAGGAAUGGAAUUGGGGGUAGUGGUGGUGGUGGUGGUGGUUCGAGUAGUAGUGGGUUUAGAAUUCGAAUUCCCACUGGGGUUAGUAUUGCUCAACCAGGGACGAAGGUUUAUGCUAAACUUGAUCCAAAGUUUGGGAUGAUUCAUCAGAAUUCGAUGAAUUCAGGGCCAAAUUUUGGUACUAAGGUUGUGAGGGAGUGUAAUUCAGUGAGACCCGGAUUGGGGAAGAGGGAGAGAGAGAGGGAAAAGGAGAAAGAUCCGGUGACCGAAAUGGUUUCGGCAAUUAAGGCAUUGGGAGAUGGGUUUGUGAGGAUGGAGCAGAUGAAGAUGGAGAUGGCGAGAGAGAUUGAAACAAUGCGAAUGGAGAUGGAGAUGAAGCGAACCGAGAUGAUAUUGGAUUCGCAGCAGAGGAUCGUUGAGGCUUUCGCGAAAGCUGUUUCGGAGAAGAAGAAGAAGGUCAAGAGAAUGCCCUCACCUGAGGCUUAGAUGGGGCUAGUUAGCAUUUGAUUUUGUAGGCUUUCUUAUUGGCUAUGAUCUCCCGAAUGAGGUUUUUCAGGUUGGUUUUGCUCAAUUGAGAGUUCUCUUUAGCAUUUGAUCAAUGAAUGAACUCUCAAGGGAAAAAGCAAAUCAAUGGGAUUUGAUCUGAUGAGUAUGAUAUUCUUAGCUUAGUAGUUUACUAAUUUCUUAUUAAGAUCAAUGUCAUGCCAAUGUUCUUUCUUUUUUUCAUCAUAGAGUUGUUAUUUAAAAUCACUAGAAUGUUUGAUUUGAUUUUCCUAGCUUAAUUUGCAUUAUAGUCCCACUAGUGGAAAUAUGUAAUAUUCUAGUUGUAUGUGUAUACUUUUAUUUUUUCUAAUUCUUGUUGAAGAAAGUAAAAGAGAGAUCUCUUUCUCUUUUGCAAUGUUGUUUCUGCUAAUGCUAAAUAAAUUGCUCUAUUUCAAA